CCGCAUUGGCUGGCAAGAUACCGAACAGGGCUCGUGGGAAGUGCACUAUCAAUAAGCUGAUAAUUGAGGAGGCCUACUUCGGAUAUCCACCAGAUGGCGCUCAAUAUCAUAAUUUUGCAGAUGCCCCAUUGCACCACGGAUCCGCAUACGCUUUCCUCACUACCUCGCCCCUCUAUUGACAUCCUUUACAUUCAACUCCUCCUGCCAGCCCGCAUUGUAGCACAUCCACGACCGAGGAAACCCAUCCCCAGCGUUUCUGCACUUAAGAGCCAUGUCAACUACAUCAGAAUCCCAGUUUGCGGACCAAAGUGCGUUCGAGUAUGAUUAUUACACACUACAGACGACAGGUGUCAUCCUCGGAUUCGUCAUGUUCGUGGCCGGGAUUCUUAUAGCUCUGACCCUGUGGAAGCAACCCCGGUACCCAAGACAGAAGUGCCUCCUCAGACUGUGUGAGAGAAGCUGUGCGCGUCAGCACUGGAGGGAGCUGUUGCAGGAGCUGAUUAUGGGAAAUCUAAAUUACACUGAGUGCAUGGCAACCAGCAUCUCCACAAUGUGUGGCCCUCUUUUCCAGGUUCAUUUUUCCAAAAGAAUGCAUCCGUUUGUAUAUAGCACAGUAACCUGGUCGAUAUAGCACUGGUAUCUUGCAUCUGUACUGGUGUGGUGGAUUUUCAGGUUGGUCAUUUUCUGACUCUAGGAUUGAAGAUGAUAGAAAGAAAUGUAGCAAUUGGACUUCUUUGUUGAUAUUUCUCUUGAAUAUUACUGGUCUCCAAAUGCUCGAAAUGUGGUCAUGGCCAUUUGUUUCAAAGAUGUGUUAUGUGCCCUGGAGUUCUCACCUCAGCAUUUAUAUUAUAUAAUCAGUACAAAAAAGGAUGGGUGGAGGGGGACAGAAAAGAGGAAGUCAAAUGGUGUGAGUCCUCGGAGGGGAUUUCUCAUCCUCCAUUUCCCUAUUCAUAACUGCAUGACGACAUCUGGCUAAAUUGCUGUAAAAUAAUAGACAAUUUUGCAAACAGCUUUCCCCCAACUUACAGUAUAACGUAUGCUACCAAGGAAUACUUUUGUUUAUCUUCCUUUGUGAAGGGCAGUUGAAAGAGGGGUUUAACAUUUUCACAGUGCAGAAGACUGGAAGAUUCCUUUAUGUUUGAAAGCAUUCAGUCAGCGUAGGCUACACAUGUUAAGUUAUCUUUGUUUGUCAAAAGUUUACCUCUAUUACAUUCACAAAGAGAAGGUUGAUACUCCUUUGUUAUUUAAAGAUGAAAUAUACAAAAUUCUGUUUGCAAUGAUCAACUGUGUUAUUGUGAGAAUAGCAAAUUAUUCUGUUUUGUUAUGUAAUGACUGACAUUAAAAACCCUACACAUUAUCACAGAAUUAUAAAAAGAGCUUUUGCAGUAAAUGAGAUGCUGCUCACAGACUGUUUUCACCGAUAUAACUUGUCGUGUGACUGGAAUAUGUGUAUAAAUAUGUCUAAAAUGAAUUACAAAAUCUAGAUACAACCA